CCUGUAUGUGAAAGAGUUAGGCAUGCAUUGUGUUCGCACAGCCCCACAGUAUCCCUGGUUACAGCAGCUCUGUUUGGAUCAAGCCCAGAGGGGGGACCCUACAAGACAGACAAGCUACAGACCUGCCCCUCUUUGCUGUGAGUGAUACCAGCUGUGUGAGGGGCCUUGUUCUACAGACUCAUCUCUAGGGCUCGUCUCUGCUGUAAUGCCCUAUACUCCCACACUGCAUCCCUCUUCAGAAGUGUCUUCUGAGGAAAGUUCCCUGCACUUGGAAUUCUCAGAUCAGGACCAGCACGCAUUGUUUCACAUUGAGAGACUUAUCCUACUUGGACUUGGGCCAGGAAGGAGACGAGAGAGAGGGAGGGAGAGAUCGGAACUGAAAAACAACAAGAAGCCUCUGUGUGAACAGAAGUCUUAGAACCGCUAAACUACAACCAUACAGCGCAAAGCUGCCACAAAGAAAGCAACGAAAGGGAUUUCAAAACAGAUCUUUUUAGUGGGCCACUGCUGAAAAAAAACUCCCUCUUUUUUCACUAAUAAUACAAAAAAAAUGAAAUAAAGACAAGCUGAAAGCUCAACCCACAUCCACUUGUCCCGCAGCCCGGAGCGAUCUCCAUCAGCUGCCCAAUGAAGCGACACAAGAAGAAGUGACCGUGCACAAGCCCUCCAUCCAUCCAUCCAUCCAGCCACCCAGCCUGCCUGCGAGGCUCUCUGAUCCGAAGCCAGUGCCUCCCUCAUCCCGCCGCCUGCUGGACGAGACACGAGGGAGGAGGAGGAGGGGGGCAGACAUAGAGGGGGUCCCAUGGCAGGCAGUCAGACAGUCCCAGCGUCCGGCCGCUCCUCUUGGCCUGGUUCUGCUGGUACUCGGUGGGAUCCCGGUGAAGCCGUGGAGGGGGAUGAGGAGUUCCUGAGCCUGAUGGAUGAGAAUGGGAUCAUCGGGCUGGAGGACAUGACUGAGGGCUACCUGCAGGAGCUGGAAGGGGCGGAGGAGCUCUCAGAAGCGGGGACCCCUGACCCAGAGGAGGGUGCCCCCAAAGUGUUCCCUGGCUCUGGGUUCGUGCAGCAGCAGCAUCAGGAUUCCUUGGAGGACCUGAGCUGUGAUAUCAACGAGCUGCUGGACUCUGAGCCACUCCAGCUCUCCAGCUCUCUGGAGGACAGAGCCAGCUUGGGACACUGCGACUAUGAGCUGCAUGGGGAGACACAAGAUGACUUGCAUGAUGAGGAUGAGGAUGACUUGGAUGAAGAUCUCUCCGUUAGUCAGGGAGAUCCCCGGCAGCUCCAGCACUGGCGUCCAGAGAGGGACAGACAGCUGGACAUGACUGAGGACGAGCACGAGGCAGUCGUCUCGGAGGGACAGAGUGAAGGGGACAGGGACACCGAGAGUGAAAGGGAGGAAUACCCGGACCUGCCUUACGACGGCCGUCUGGACCUCACUGCGGCCAGACAGGAGACAAGUCCGGAAGACUCCCAGGACUACGGCGAGGCAGCAAACGACUCCACAGGAUUCGACGAGGACUUCCUUCUCAGCGAGGUCGAAGGGAACAGCCCUGCCCGCUUGCAGGACGAGCUGGAGAAUAGCCGCCCGGGAGAGGGAUCCUACAGCCGGUUCGGAGAGACUUUCUCCGGAGCCCAGGAAGACAUGCCGUCCGUCCUCAGGAUACAGAGACAGGAGACGCAGGCCAUGCCUCCCAAGAUGGGCUUGAGCCAGACCCUUCUGAGCCGCAUCUCCACGGAGGACCUGGUGAACGGCCCCGAUAUUGAGGCUGAGACCAUCCCGGAGACCUCGUUCACCGAUAGCGCGGAGGAUUCACGGGGUGACGGAGACAGGACAGGGUCACCCAGAGGGAGUCGGGAAUCGGGGUCAGAGAGCGAGAAGCCGAGGGAGAACCCGCUGUUCCGGGAGGAAUUACCAGCAGAUGGAGAAUGGGAAGCUAACAUCCAGGAGUCUCAGCCUGCCCUGUCGUCUUCUUCCACCCCUCAUACGCAGAGGAAAGCUCAUUCCCCACCUGCCAAACCAUCCGCGGUCUCCCGGCAACCCCGUUCUGUGAGCCCGAUGAGAGCCUGGAGACCCCAGAGGGACGGCUCACCCAAACCCCCGACCGGCAGGUCUGGCGGAGCAGCGGAAACCCUCAGGUACGGCCGAGGCCAGCUCAAUUUCCCGCUGCCUGACUUCUCGAAAGUAGAGCCGAGGGUGCGCUUCCCCAAAGCUGAGGAGAGCGGCUACAAGCCCCCCAAGGGCCGCGUGGCCCCGCGGAAGAGCUUUGCAGCGGGCGAAGCCCCCCUGGUGUUCAAAUCCCCAGCGGAGAUAGUGAGGGAGGUGUUACUGAGCAGCACCGAGGGCCCAGCGCCCCCUCACCCCAACGCCAAGGUUCCCGAAGAGUUCAAGAGCCCACAGCAAGCCACCGAGCUGGUGCACCAGCUGCAGGAGGACUACAACAAACUGCUGACCAAAUACGCAGAGGCCGAGAACACCAUCGACCGCAUGAGACUCGGGGCAAAGGUGAGCCUGUACUCUGACCCCCCGAAGCCCAGUCACAGUGUCCACAUGGGGGCGCUGCACCAGGGUUCGAAGGUCCUGACCCUGACCAUCCCGCAGCUGCAGAAGGCUCAGCUGAGCCAGUCCCCCGAUCCGGCCCUGCAGGUGCUGCUGAACUCGGCAUCUUCUGUUCAGUCAGGCUGUGUUCCUGAGGCCUGCACGCCGACACGGAGCCUGGAGCCUGGAGUGGGACAGCGGCUGACUGAGGCUCUGGCCAAGCAGGCUGGGAAGUUUGGUCUGCAGGUGGAUUCUUUUGAAGAUCUCAUUCAAGCUGGAAAUCUGAACCCCUAUGAGCAGCUAAAGGGUUUCGGCAGCCUGCGACAGGCACAGGAGGCUCUGGAGAGGGGGUACCUGCAGGCCAGAGAGGAGCACCGGAGACUGCAGCAGCAAGGGGCCGAGCCGGGAGACUUCGACCCAAACAGAGAGGUGGAAGGGGAGAUCUUCCGUCUAGGAAUGCGACUGGAGGACUUGAAGGACCGGAUUGACCAGACCAUGCAAAGCCAGCCAUCACCCGCCUCGCUGCCCCCUGAACCCCUUCAAAUGGACCUGUCCACCGCCUCGGACCCCCAGACCCGGCUCCACACCCCCGCCGCACGCACGCGGCGCCCCGAGAGCGCGCUGGUGAAAGCUUCUCAUGAUGCAGUGUGUGUGGAGGUGAGCUCAGUGAGUGGAGACAGUGCAGGGGAGGGGGAAGAGGAAGGGGAGGCGCUGCCCCACGCCCUCCCUGAGCCACUGAGACACAAACACUGUGAGGUCGAGGGGGAGUUCAGCAACCUGCUACACCGCUAUCACAACUUCAGGGGACUGUCAGAGCUGAUGGAGCCAAGCCUGGGCUCCGAGCUCACUGCCUCUCCGCAGGAACGAUCCCCCUCCCAGGGGGCUGAAGGGACUGAGCCAGCAGGGAGGUCUCCUAAAGAGGUCGAGAGCAGGACUGCGCCACUGCCUCAGCCAAUGGAAUCCAAAGCAGACCUGCUGGGUCCACCCCAGGACGGCUCAAUGGACCAAUCAGAGUCCCCACAGGAGGAGUCCCUCCUCCAGGCGUCUUCGUUGCCAGGGAGACGGGCGAUGAGCUCCAGGGGCGGUGUUUCGAAGGGGGGCAGGGACGGCUCUCGGCGCAGCAGUGUGACCAGCAUGGGAGAGAGUGGCGCUACAGAGUACAGGCCCCGGAAAGUGCUGCGCCACAACAAGACAGCGCCCCCACAGGAGCGCAUCGUUUCCCCGGAGACAGACAGCGGGUUUGUGGGCUCGGAGAGCAGCCGCUUCACUCCUGCAGUGCACAGCCCUGAACACCAGAGGGCGAGACGGCCCUUCACGGGAGGGGACGGAGUGUUGAGGACGCCCCCCCGUCCCGUCCAGCGGCCCCCCCUCUCUGCACCACGCCGCCGCACUGACACGGCUGGGGGGUCUGGAUCAGCCCCCAAAACGGACCCCCUAUCCCGAGCACGGAGGCACAGCCUGAGCCAGCCUGGGCGGUCCCAGAGCAGCUCCCCACAGCACUGGAGCGAGAGCGUGAGCAGCGAGUUCGAACCUGACGCCUACGCCACUCACAGCGAGUCCGAGGGAGGUGGUCAGAGUGUGGUGAGGACGUACCUGAGGCCAGCCAACAAACUGCAGUACGAGCAGCUGCCCUCCCCCUCCUCCACGCCCUCUCCCCUGAGGAUCCGCACACAACGAGGACCCCAGACUGCACACGCGCUGCCCGCGCGACACGAGGCGAUCCAGGCCCUGCAGGGCGAGGUGUCCCGCCUCCGACAACGGCUGGAGGAGAGCCUGCACCGGCUCCACACGCCCCCCAUCAGCACAGCACCCCCUGCAAGCGGGAGGCUGCCAGUGCAGGACGAGGACGAGGAGGAGGAGGAGGAGGAGGAGGAGGAGCCCAGGCACAGAUCAACACCCCUGAGAUCCUCGCAGGGUCGUCAGGAUGAGUUUGGGGAGCCGAAGAGCCCAGCGCAGCGGGAGAGAGCCACGUCAAUCCCUCGACUCAGACCGGAGCUGCAGAUCAGCAGCGAUUCCGAUAACUCCCAGUGUGCCCCCCGACCCCAGUCCUCCAGGCUUGUCCCAGGGUUCUCUGCUUCGAAUGACGACAGGAAGCACCCCAGGACUCGAACACAGGAAGCUGUGACAUUCAGGGGGCCCUAUACAGGGCAGCAGUACAGUGUGCUCUACCCUGGCAGCUCUGAUCAUGACUCGCCGGGGAAUCUGACUGCACCCUGCCCCGCCUGCAGUGGGACCGGCGCGCCCAGCCAGGGCAACAGCAGUGUGAGAGCUCCCAGCGCCCAUCCCAAACACAGCCGCCCCCAUCGGUGCCCACUAUGCGGGGGGUCUGGGGUCCACAGCCCCCAGGGGAACACGGACCAGCGCCCACCAGACAAAAGAGAGACUGGCUCCUCCCCCCGAGAAGGUCAGCGAAUGGGAUCGCCCCGCAAGGAGCGAGGGGGCGUGUACCUGCCGUUCCCUGCCCCCCCUGUCUUCAGCUACAUGCCUCCAGUUCACUACGUGCCUUACUCCCCCUCCCAUCUGUAUUUCUCCACCCCUGCUUCAAAGACCCCGCCCCCUUCCCCAGAGUCCCGCCUCUACUGGUCGACGGGCGUCGGCCUGCUUGAGCUGCAGCCCGAGCCAGGGGUCAAGGGUCAGCGACGGCGUCGGCGGUCACUCACGCUGGACAGCACAGAGGUGGACACUCUCAGCCGCUCCCUGAGCCGAGCCGUGGAGGCGGCACAAAGCAUGAGGCUGACCACCGGCCGCAUGGCUCGCUCGCUGACCACUGAGCUGAGCCGGAGCUCCCCGCUGCGCCAGUCCUUCCUGUACUGAGGAGGGGGCGAGAGGGGGGGCGUUGGAACGCAGCUGGAUUUCCAGGUCGGCUCGUGAACGAAGCCACAGCAAAAUUACCUCAGGUACUAAUUCUUCAGAUCAGGUGCUCCCAGUCAGGUGAGGAUCGUUGGUGUCGAUCGGGCUGGUUUUACAAUUCAGAGUGAAACAAGUGAAGAAACGCUGUGAUGAUUUCCUGCUUUUCUUUGACUCUGCGAAGAACAGCGAUCCACGCAAACCCAAGCAGCUGUGUCUGUGUUUCACUCUGAAUGCUGAAUUAGCCCAGUGAACACCAAGCACCUUGACCUAUGAAGAGCUGGAUCUGAAUAAUCGAGUGACCGAUUCAUGCAGCUCUCUCAGGUACUCAGGACUGGAUCAGGCUGUGUCCAUGAAGCACUGCUGUUGUCUUGUGAAUGCAGCCUGAUCAUCUUUACUUUUACAUUCUUAAGCGUAAUAAGCACUGCACUGAACGUCUGUAUGCAGUAUGUGUGCAGACUCAAUCUAGAGAGGAAGCGAAUGGACAGCCCCUCGUGGGUAUGGAGAGGUAUGAGAUCACUUGGGGUGGCAUUCAGUGGUACGAGGGGAACUUUAAGAGGUCUUUGGAAAUCGUUAGUCAAUUUCUGUCUUUAGUUUCGGGCCCGUGACUCUGCACUGUGGCGAGUCUGAUUAAGCUCUGCUGGAGUUGCAAAUCAGGAAUCGCUCACAGGGCUGUGCAGUGGGAUUCUUAAUACUUCCCCUGCGCUCACAGAGGCUAGGCUAGUGUCUAUGAGGCACAAGGCAAUAAGUAACCCACAGGUCCGCACUGUGAAAGCGCUACAGCCAUCAAAACUGCGACGUACUGGGGGUGGAUGAAGGGCUGUCAGGGUCAUCCAUGGCUGCUCUGUGAACCCUUAGGACUGCCAGCAUAUUAACACUUCAUUUUUACACAGCACUAAAUGCACGCGGUGGCGGCAAAAAAGAAACAUUUCAGAGUUUCAUUGUUGAGCAUAAACUCUGUACGAAGAGCGUGUGCUCCUCAGAAUUGAUCAGUUUUCGAAUGAAGAAGCUCGUGUAAUGAUAUCGCAGAGCCUGUGUAGACUGUAAGGUAAUGGCAGGGGAGCAGAACGCCGGCUCGGCUUGACGUUAAUAAGAUCGGGCAGGGCUGGUACUUGCAGUUCCAGGGUUCAGACCAAAUCAUUUCAACAGGACCAAACAGGACUUCAUUAAUCGGACCAAUAAGAAAAAACUGAUCGCCUGUCAUAGUUAAUCUCAAGAGGCCUGUGGGGCGUUUUUAUCAGGAAUGCUGGACUGGUCAAACACUUCUGAAGACCGCUCAGAUUUUCAUGUUUUUAAUUGUUUUUAUUUUACUAUUUUUUGCACUGUUUAAUUGUAAUUAGUAAGUUAUUUCGGGCAAGUGUGUGUGGGGGAGUUUUGUGUGCAAGUCAGUAUUUUAUGUAUGUAAAUGCAGACAUUCCAUAUUUGAAUGACUUUCAUAUCAUAGCAGUAGCAUAUCCACCCCACCUGCAGGGUGCAGCUGCUGCAGCAAUGUGAACGCAUUAUUAGAGAGAGUAUUUUUGCUAAUUUUACAAAUUGUUAACGAGAUAUUUUUCUACUGAAUGGAAGCAAUAAGUAUUACCUGAUUUAGUUUUUUGUAUCAAUGCAGGGCCCACUGGCCCCUUUUUACCUUUGUAAGAAUGUAAAAAACAAAAGCAUAAAUUCUGAAUUCAUAUUUUGUACGGCAUACAUUUGUGUACAGUUGCAUCAGAUUGUUGUCAUUACUGGGGACGUGGGUGGACCGUAUUCUGAAAGGGAAAUGCAUUUUGGUUUAGUGAACCCAUUUAAUCUGAAUGCAUUUAUUAGCAUCUUCAGCAGCGCAGUUACAGUACAGUAACACACCAUGUUAGGGUGUUGGCAAGACUCCUACUGGGAAACCAACAGCACUGCAUCAACAUCCCAGUGUGCUUUGCAGGUCUCCCAUCCAAGUCCUAACCGUGCAAACCUUUGCUUAGCUUCAGUCAGCUGGUUUGGGUCUCCAACAUCACAUUACAGGAAAUAACUUCUACAGUGCUCCCUCGUUAUUUCGCAAUCCCAUAAUGCACUGGGUUCAUUCAGGGUGAGUACAUCCUUUCAGUAAACUGUACUGCGCUGCUGUAGAAUGGCCCGUCAGUGACUCGCUAUUUUCAAAGCUUCCCUCCUUUUCAUGUGCAAGACAAACAGUGAGGCAGCACUGUACCUGAACCCUAAAAAAACAAGAAUGAAUUCAUUGUGAAUCAUCUAAUCAAUCAAUUGAUGGCAUAAAAAAGUAUUGAUGAGCUUUUCAGUCCACUUUGUAUGGAAGUGAAUUUAUUAGACAGCUUUAGUACAUCGGUACAUGUGUAGUACAGGUGUUUGUGCUUCACCACUUUGUAGACAUAUAAUCCCAACAUGAUAAACGGGAUCAAGACAGACUAACUUUAAUUUUUUUUUUUUCUUCUGAUAAAUAACCUUUUGAUAUAAAUCAGUCGUUUGACACGGUGAUUCUAUACAACAGCAAAAAAAAAAAAAUGGAAAAAAACAAAACAAACAUUUAUAAGCAUCGCAUGACAAAAAAAAACCACUCCAUGCGUUUACAGCCUUUGUCUUUUUCCCUGGGGAAAAUAAAAACAGAUUAAAGCAGGAAUUUCCAAAGCCUUUAGCAAAUGGAAGAUGUUUCGGCGCACAGACAGACAAACAAAAAGACCAGAUUUUCAUGAAACCACGACAGCUUACUUAAACACAUCACUGAAACAGCGGGGAGGAACAUACAGCUACUAGCAAAAGGAAAGGUACACUACUUCACAGUCAAGUUAUCACUAAGGAGACUAUUAACAUCAGCGUAGAGCAGACACACGACACAAUUCAGUGCAUGAACGAUAAACCUCAACACCAAUAAUAACAGGACUUCAUUUUACUAAAUACAAUACUGAAAGACGAUCGGCCCUUUUUAUUUUAAAAGUUUGCAAGCAAUCAACUCUUUGACACUACACGUUUAAUAUAUGGACUUCGUGGUUUGUUUUUUUUAUCAUAUAUAUACACGAGAAGUUCUUCUGUUUGUUAAUCGAUGGAGGAAUCCGGCGCACAGCCGAGCGCGUGUAAGUUUUUUCAGCGGAAGUUCUUUAGCGAAGCCCAGCCUACACCAGGAUCCGUCUCCAGAAACAUGCUUCCAGACAAAGUGUUUCCUCGUGUCUGCUGGAUGUUUCUGUGUUUCCAGAAACAAGGAAACAUGUUUACUGGAGCACACCUGGGUUGUGCUUUGAGAAACAUUUUACCUUUGGCCAAUCGGGACAGACUAUGAGUCAUCGAUCAUGUGACUAUGCAAAGUUUCCCGAU